CACCGAACACAAGCAACAGACAAGCGAAAGAAAAUGUUCUCCCCAAAUAAUACAAACUAUUUUGUUGACAACUCAUCAACUGUCUGUGAUUUUCUGAUGUUUCCCAGUGAACCGUUGAACAUGGAAGCCGUGCCCUUAGCUGCAACGAAGUCCAUGGAGAAGUGCAAGAGAUCCCGCACGGCCUUCACCAGCCAUCAGCUGCUUGAAUUGGAGCGAGAGUUCCAUUUGAACAAAUACAUGUCACGUACACGACGCAUUGAGAUUUCCCAGCGACUGAAUCUGACCGAAAGACAGGUGAAGAUCUGGUUCCAGAAUCGUCGCAUGAAGAGCAAGAAGCUGGCCAAUAAGCAGGUGUCCAAGGGAGUUCUUACCCCCACAAAAUUGUGCGACAUGCCACUAAGUGACGACCUCCUGGAGCACGAAAAAAUUGUGGAAGUUCUAUUG